CUGCAGCUGCACCAGUAGCCAUUCCGCCGUCAGCUGAAACACUUUGCCCCGAUGGUUCUCUUCGCUCAACUCGUGUUUGUCGUGCUCGACGUCAAGAAGGACAAGAAGCGCAAGCAUGGCUGCCCUCCCGAGUGCCGCAAGCAGCGCUUCAGGGACCCGCAGGGUCAAGAACGUUACCGUCCUCACAAUAGUUGAAGACAUCAAAGAGCCUUACAUGCAAGGAGUUUCUAUUAUCUUCUUUAACAAAUUAACUGACCUUCUCUCUAAGGUUAGAACAUUUGUAGAGGAGAUUAAACAUAUGUGGGAACCUGAUGCCAUCCAUCCUGGUGAUGGAACUGAGCUCGAGCUACAUGACCUGCUCUGUAUGACGCAGCAAACAGGCAUUACGGCCGAGCCCCUCCCUGGGUACACCAACUGCUGGCUGGCCCACAGUGACCCAGGGUACAUGGCCUGUUUAGGACGCAAUGCGUUCCUCAUCCCAAAGGGGGGCUUCACGGAACUUUUAGAAAACGAAAAUGAAGCCAAAGGGCAAUUUUUAAGGAGCGCAAAGGUAUCCUUUACCUUUUCCAAGAUCGAUGGCCGGUCGACAGACUCUUCUAACGUUGUUGAUUCCAAGACCGCGCCGGCGACGCUUGCUGAAAUCCCCAUCCGAACGAGAAGGGACGCUUUAACUGGCUUGGUGAACGUGCUGUCUUGGACUGGAUCCGUCGGGCUGCUCCCUAAGCCUCGUCCAUAACCAUGGCGGGCUUGGACCAGAUUGACACGCAGCAUAUUGUAUACUUUAAUUAUUUCUUUCAAGAAGGAUCUUGAUCAGUAUAAUAGCAAUCGACAUUCCCAGCGGAAUGCGGAAGUAUCUUCGCUAUUCAUUACCAGUAUUUGUAUCCGACAAAACUAACACCGACAUAUACUGAUCACUUACCUAGAUCUUAGUCUAACGUGAACGUUGAAUAUCGUGUUCAGCGGGACAGUUCACUGUAUUAUCAAUGGUUUAGUUUGCAAUUCAUUACGUAGUGGAUGUUCUAUUUAUGGUCAUUGGGAUUCUUAUUCUUUUCUCUGUUUUUGUGAUACAUUCAUGUGUUUUGUUUUAUAAAUAAAACUGUUUUGAAAAGAUUAAA